GUAAUUUUCCUUUAUUUCAAUGUAUAGUUCUUGUUUGAACACGUCAAGCACAGUUAAUGGCUAAGAAUUUGAAUCUUUUAAAGACAACUGUAACGUGAAGCACAGAACAGAACUAUUGAAAAUUAAAGGGGUUUUUGUAAUAUGAACGGUAUGUCUAGUGGAAUGUUAAUUCAAGGGGAAAUUUCCAUGAGAAGCUAUCGUCAGUUUUGGGAAAUUUAGACUGCUAAAUUGAGAAGUUCUUUAGAUUAAGAACAUUCUUGUAUAUAUCUCAAUUGAGACUAAAAGAUAAACUAAAUGUGGUUCAUUAUGUAUAGGUGGAAAAGAAAGGAGUAUUCAAAGUGGAUAUUUUAGUUAAAAGUUAACUUGGAGCUUUUAGGGAAAAAUGGAUUGUGAUACAAACUUGUGGAUAGCUUUAGUACCACUAUUUAUUAUGAUGAAGUACAUAAAGAGGUUUUUGGGAGCAUGGAAAUUAUAGCUCAAGAUAAACUUUAUUUAACCCUUUUAACUUCUUCCCGUGAUGGCACAAACUAAUGCAACAUACGUCAGAUUCACUGAAGGUUCUACCUUAUUUUUGGUGAAGAAGAUGAAAUAAUGAGGAAAGUAGAAACAGAGUAAUGCAUGGAUUAUGAAACUGAGGAUUUUACUUUUACAGCUCAUAAUUGAUAGCUUCAAGAAGUGGCCAGUUUGCAUAAGGUAUUGUGACUUUGGUACUUUAGUUAGUAUUCAUAUGGGUAGUAGUCUUUCUUGAUUAUAAGGUUUUCCUUUUACCUUUUCAUUCUUGGCUGCUCUUCUCAAGCAGUGGCAGAGCCACCUAUUGACAAAUUGAUUCAAUUGAGUCCCCUUCAUUGAAAAAUUAUCCCAUACAAUAGGGAAUAUCAACUUUUUUUUGUAUAUAUAGGUUGUUGAAUUCCCUUGACAUAAGAGAAACUUCUAAUGUAGUGGUAAAAGGGGAUUCUGAAAUUACUUUAAGACGUAGGUUCAAAUCCCAAGUGUGCCAUUCUUGUAAUCCCGAUACCAGAACUUUUGGCUUUGCCACUGUAGGAAUGUAGGGGAAAAUAAUUGAGUGAGCAAGCUACAUUACAACUAAUGAAUUUUAGAACUUUAUGUGAGUAUCUAUUCUUUCAUAAACUAUGGUGCAUUCCUUUCGCUGCUACUUGAAAGGUGAUAGGCGAGUGUUUUUUGUGUUUAUUUGUCAUCCUCAAAGAAGAGAUUUGCAUGGAUUUGGAAAAAGAAAGAAAAGGAUAGAUUUGCUUAGUCGGGCUACAACUGUAUUCCUUGCAAUGGUAUAACGGACACAAAAAUUAUGGUGUUGCAUUAUAUAGAGGUGUGACCACAUUUUGCUGGAGAAAUGUGAAUUACAUAAGAAGUCCAUCAAAAGGAAGGGAUUUUAUUUGCAGAGUCUUUCUGGAUUACAUGGCUAUGAUAUUUCUUCUUGCAUUGCGUUUUCACCUCUUGGUUGUAGUAUUUACUAGAUUAUUUGUGCACAUAUUUUGCUAAUCUAUUCUCCAUUUGAUUGUAAACAAAAUUAUGUGAACACAUACUCUUUUGGUUGAAAUUUAGUUAACUAUUUUGCUGCAUCCUCUUAUGGUUGAAAUUUAAUCUUAAGUAUUUUGCUACAGAGUUUCCAGGAUUAAUCAGUACAUCGGCAUUGCUAGAUAUACUGAUAUUAUAUUUGUCCACUUCUGAAAGGUGUUCACUAUCAAUGUCUUGUUGAAUUUAUCAGUUAUGAUAACCAUCUGUCAGGAGAAAUACCUUAUUUUUCCUUGUACUACAUACAAUAUACUGCUAGUCAAAAUUGCGGAUUAGCCAAAAAAGAGUGUUCAUAUAGGAACCACAACAUUUAAUCUUCUCAGACCAGUUAAUAAAUAGAUGGUCGGGGUUGCUCAUACAUGUUCAUCUUCUCACACGGCAGAAUGCACCUAAUAAAGCUGAACGUCGGCAGGAUAUAUUGUCAAAUUUCAUUGUCAAAAAUUGCAGUAUAUCUGCAUAUGCAAAAAUCUAGAAAUCUCCUGUUCCAAAUGAUCAUCAGUUUUUGCUGGUUGCGAGAAUAAUUUGUGGUGUUAUUUGUAUAGAUAAUGUAAAGAAACGCAACUGGUAGUCCUUCUUCUGGUCUUCUUAUUUAUGAUCUGGCCAACUAGACUCUAUUUCCAAUCUUCUAAGAUGACCAACUUGAAACUUCAAAACAUAUAUAUGAAGCAUGUUUGUUUUUCAAUCUUUAUAUUGUAUCAGUCGUGCAACUUCAGAUUACCUCAAGCUUAUAGAAAUCUUUGUCUCAAGUAUGUAAUUCUAGCGUGUGGCAGGUCUUACAGAAAGAUUUCUGUACACCUUUUUCUUAACUUUUUCAACCAAUAUUAACGCGAAAGCCUAGCAUUCCUUGAGUAAAGUUCUAGGAAAACAAUAGAAAAUGAGCUAAUUCUCUCGGUCAAUGAGAUUUAUCAUUUGAUGCCUGUUCAGAAUUUACUAAAUACACCCUGAUCGCUGUUAACUUGACAGGAUUUUGUAAACUGUGGGAAAAACGCUUAUAUAACAAAUGGGUGUCUUUUGACCAGAAUGAAUCCUCAGGCCUUCAUUAGGCUCUCAAUAGGAUCGCUUGGAUUGAGAAUGCCUGGGACACCUUUAAGUGGUGCAAAAUCUAGGAGAAGUGAAUUAUCUUUUCCCUGUGUGUGCGAGAUCCGUCUUCGAGGUUUCCCUGUGCAAACAGCAUCGAUUCCAUUGGUAUCUUCGACUGAAUCUACUCCAGACACUAACAAUAUCGCUUCCAGUUUUUAUCUUCAAGAAUCUGAUUUGAAAGCGUUACUGACACCUGGCUGUUUAUUAAAGCAUCAUGCAUGUCUGGAGAUAGUUGUUUUCAGAGGACGCAAAGGAACUCACUGUGGUGUUGGUAUUAAAAGGCAACAGAUUGGGACAUUUAAGUUGGAAGUAGGUCCUGAGUGGGGUGACGGACAACCAGUCAUUCUGUUCAAUGGCUGGAUACGCAUUGGCAAGAGCAAGUGGAUAAAUGGAAGCCCUGGAGCAGAGCUUCAUUUGAGAGUGAAGCUAGACCCCGAUCCAAGAUAUGUUUUCCAGUUUGAAGAUAAGACCAAACUAAGUCCUCAAAUUGUCCAGCUUCAAGGAACCAUCAAGCAACCUAUUUUUAGUUGCAAGUUUAGCCAAGACUGGGUAUCUCCACGAGAUCCACUGAGUAAUUUUUGGUCUAGCCCUUUUGAUGGUUCCGAGCUGGACAUUGGAAAAAGAGAGAGGAAAGGAUGGAAGGUGAAGAUACAUGAUCUCUCUGGGUCGGCUGUUGCAGCAGCCUUCAUAACAACUCCUUUUGUGCCUUCAACAGGUCGUGAUUGGGUGGCCAGAUCCAACCCAGGAGCUUGGUUGAUUGUUCGUUCUGAUGUUUGCAGGCCUGAAAGCUGGCAGCCAUGGGGAAGGCUUGAAGCAUGGCGUGAACGUGGUGGGAUCAGAGACUCCAUUUGCUGUCGCUUUCAUCUACUAUCCGAGGGUCAGGAACACGGGGAUCUUCUCAUGUCUGAAAUCUUGAUCAGCGCUGAAAAGGGUGGGGAGUUCUACAUAGACACGGACAGACAGGUACGAGCAGCAUCGACUCCAUUGCAUAGUCCAAGAGGCAGUGGAGACUAUGCGGCACUAAGUCCAGCAGCAGGCGGGUUUGUCAUGAGCUGUCGGGUGCAAGGGGAAGGGAAAUGCAGCAAGCCCCUUGUGCAGCUUGCCAUGCGACAUGUCACCUGUGUGGAGGAUGUUGCCAUUUUCAUGGCUCUUGCAGCUGCAGUUGAUCUGAGCAUCGAAGCAUGCAGGCCUUUUCACAGAAAGCUCCGUAGAAGUGCUAGCCAUUCCUGGUGAUAUACGUAUAUACAUAUAUGUCAUACUGGUUUUCUAAACCCCCGUAUCUCUCCCAAAUUGUUGUAAUAACUUGACUUGCUGUACAGAAUUUUGAUCUAUAUUUACUUCUCUUCUGGAAGAUGUACCCAUUUCCAUUUUAACACUUGUCAAAUGCAUACAGGAUAAACUGUAAUACACUAAUGGCUGUCCCACAAAUGAAGAAGUGAA